AAAUACUCCUACCGCAACUCGGUCCCCCUCAAAUGGUUGUGCAUUCGCUGCAGUGAUUGGAAAAUGUUGGUCUGUCUACGUGUGUUUCAUCAAAUGACAUAGGCAGAGGCAAAAAACAGAGCGAGUAGAGCAGGGCCGACGUUAAACUGCAUGUUUGGGAAAUGUACACCACAUUUUUGCAACUUCAAGACGAAAUAGAAAGAUACAGAGGAGUGCUCGCCCGGAACCAAAAGGAUUGCCACAUCUGCUGAAGAAAAAGGUCUCCAUGGUGCCAUGCUGGAUUUCUAUCUCCAGCGUCUAUGUUCUUUAUCCCUAUGGAUCUGUAUGACCCCCAGCACCAACACUGGUCUCUCCAAGCAUCCUCAACAUGCUCCUGCACCAUGGAUCCCCCAGUGAGUUCGUUCCCGUCCUUGGCAGCAGAGAACUGGAAUGAGAGGCGACCAAAGGAAGAAUUGGCUUUGGGGGUGACCAGUGAGAUAUACCUGCUAGAGCGCAUGCCACGGGGUUUUGGUCCGAGGGAGCUUGUGAGAAAGAAGAUUUGAAUUUUUUUUUUUUUUUUGCCAUCGUACCCAUACAUAUUCACCCGUACCUCCACUCCCCCCUAACGGGGGAAAACUACUCUGCACCUCUUCGACCUGUGCUGAACCAGGAAGGGACAGGACUAGGCCCACCAUCAGCCUACAGAGGUGACCAACAAGCUCCCACAGAGAGCAGUCCAGCCCAGUCUCCACAAGUCACUGUGCCAGGAUGACAGGGUUGCCCUCUUACAUUUCCACGGUGGGAUUCUGCAUCCUACUGGUGAUCAGAGCUGAAGGUAUUCAAACUGGUCAGAAUCCAGACCACAUGCUCCAUGGCACCGGGCACAAGCACGAGUCCAGGAAGCCCGGAGACGGGCCCACGGUGGCCCCAGAGGACGCCGCCCGCUUUCUGAGCUGCUACUGCUCGGGCCACUGUCCAGAGGACCACAAAAAUAACACCUGCGAGACGAAUGGCCAGUGUUUUGCCAUCAUCGAGGAGGACGAGAAUGGAGAAGCUAUUCUGACCUCUGGCUGCAUGAAGUAUGAAGGCUCACAUUUUCAAUGCAAGGAUUCGCCCAGGGCUCAGACAAGGCGAACGAUCGAAUGCUGCGAUACAGACUUCUGUAAUCGGGACCUGCAGCCCACAUUACCUCCCCCAAUGGACACUGGUACCUACUUUGGCAGUGCCCAUUGGCUGGCUUUCCUUAUAUCAAUGACUGUGUGCUGCUGCACUCUCAUCUGCAUCACGGUAGUCUGUUACUACAGGUACAAGUGGCAGACGGAGAGGCAGCGGUACCACCGGGACCUGGAGCAGGACGAGGCCUUCAUCCCUGUGGGAGAGUCUCUCAAAGACCUCAUUAACCUGUCCCAGUCCUCUAGCAGUGGCUCUGGGCUCCCCCUGCUGGUGCAGCGUACCAUUGCCAAGCAGAUCCAGAUGGUACGCCAGAUCGGCAAGGGGCGCUACGGCGAGGUGUGGCUGGGCCGCUGGCGGGGAGAGAAGGUGGCCGUCAAGGUGUUCUUCACCCGGGAGGAGGCCAGCUGGUUCAGAGAGACUGAGAUUUACCAAACUGUCCUCAUGAGGCACGAGAACAUACUGGGGUUCAUAGCAGCAGACAUCAAGGGUACCGGGGCCUUCACGCAGCUCCUCCUCAUCACAGACUACCAUGAGAACGGCUCCCUGUACGACUACCUGAAGUUCACCACGCUGGACACCCAGAGCCUGCUGCGACUGGCCUACUCCGCUGCCUGUGCCCUGUGCCACCUCCACACGGAGAUCUACGGCACCCAGGGCAAGCCGGCCAUCGCCCACCGAGACCUCAAGAGCAAGAACAUCCUGAUGAAGAAAAAUGGAACCUGCUGCAUCGCUGACCUGGGUCUGGCUGUCAAGUUCAACAGUGAUACCAACGAGGUGGACGUUCCUCUGAGUACGCGGGUGGGGACCCGGAGGUACAUGGCCCCUGAGGUGUUGGGCGAGACCCUGAACAAGAACCACUUCCAGGCCUACAUCAUGGCUGAUAUAUACAGCUACAGCCUCAUCAUCUGGGAGAUGGCCCGCCGCUGUGUAACGGGAGGCAUAGUGGAGGACCACCAGCUGCCCUACUAUGAGAUGGUGCCGGCAGAGCCGUCCUUUGAGGACAUGCUGGAGGUGGUGUGUGUGAAAGGGCUGCGGCCCACCGUGUCCAACAGGUGGAACGGUGACGAGUGUCUGAGAGCCAUGCUGAAGCUGAUGUCUGAGUGCUGGGCCCACAACCCCGCCUCGCGCCUCACCAUCUUACGAGUCAAGAAGACCUUGGCCAAAAUGGUAGAAUCGCAGGACAUCAAGAUUUGAUCCUUUUCCCCCCUACAUACUCAACACAGCCUGACCUAGAGACAGAACUCCCCAGUGUGUCCUAAUGCUGAAUGUGUCACCUCUGUUCAGUUGGCAGGGGAGGAGGAACAGGGUAUGGGAGAAAAAGGGCCCUGUUGUCACUGGGCCUUGGGCAUAGAGCCUUAGCCUCCAUGAAUCUCUAUCACCACAACGGACAGAUGCUGCUGCCAGAGGCUCUUUCCCUUAUUCCCUCCCUGGCCAGAGGAGUUUGUGGUUAUCGUGCUGCAUUGAAUGCUUUCUGUGAAAGUCAAAACAUGACAUUGUGUGUGGAAGGGGAUGGCAUUUUCCUGCUCACAUGUUGAUGGGCAGAAAGGAAUAUGAUGGAGGAACCUUAGAGCCUCACUUCAAACCAAGACACUGCCCUCGCAAGUGUCACCACCUGCCAAUUAUGUUCAAUUUUUGCCUGUAAGCGUUUUAUGCCAACAUUUUUUUCUCUUCAGGACAGUCUUCUCCUGCCAUGUUAAAAUGUCUCUCGACUCAUAAGUAGAGUAAUUACGAAAUACGAAAUAAGGUACUAUAAUUAUAUGUGAAUUUAAUAUGUAAAUAUAUUGUAUCGAUAGAUGCCGUGCCUCAAAAAAAAAAACAUGCUGCAAUGGUAUUCGCGUCCAGUGGGCUUCAAACGGGACCUGCUUCAAGAGCUAUGAGCAAUCCAGUCAACCAAGGACGUUGUAAGAGGGGAUACCUGACUUGCCUUAAAUCAACUUGUCACUGUGCUUCCUACAACAAACCUCAACUCAGUAACUUGUCAAAAAAGACGUCUGGUUAAAAAAAAAAAAAACAUAUUUAACGCAAAAUUGUAUUCAAAUGACAUUUGUGAAUAGGGAGUUUGUGUCCCAUCAUGUCUCUAUGCUUACCUCUUCUUCCUAUAUGUUAUAUUCUGUAUGUCUUCUGGGAGGAACGUUCAGAACACAAAAAUGGCAUAUUUUGGCCCUCAUGAAGCCUAUGCAAAAGUGUGCAGCUUAGAGGGCACACAGCAAUUAGGCCUUUCUAAAAAAUGAUUAAUCUGACAUUUCUGCUGUCCCCACGCCCCGCUUUCUUACCCACAUUCAUAGACCCCCCUGCUCUGCUCUUUUGCUUUUCAUUCCAUUUUGAGUUACAGAUAUAUAUUCAUUAAGUGGCCAACUUUCAUAUUGCCAAACAUCAUGUGAGCUCAGCCAUUGAACUGUACCAUUGUGCAGUAAUUUUUUGUCUUCCGGGGUCCUACAUGUCAGGUUUGUCAUAGGGCUCACAAGUCAACAUUAAUUCAGAAAAUAUGCAAUAUUUUACUAACUUAAUGUACAAUUAUAUAGCUUACUCAAUGCUAUGGUAAAUGGCAUAUUUACUUGUGCUAAAAACAUUUAGUUAGCCAGAGCUGUAAUGCCAUUGACGUUUGUUGAUCCAUGAAGCUUCCUUGGGUUUGUGUGACAGAAUUACAGUCAAGUACAGAGGGAACAUACAGUAGAUGCAACACUGAAGUGAAACCACUUCCGCUUGCUUUGGGACACAUGCAAAUAUAUACAUAUUUGCAGGUUUCCUCAGUGAUGUUAUCUGCGGGCCAGUGCAGAGGGGUGAGCAAGCCCAUUUAUGAGCAUUUAGCACAAGAGGAACUGCAUUUCUACAUUUAGAACUUCAUACAGGUAUGAAGUGAAAACAACAUAAAUAAUAUCCUUGGCUGAACCACUUGUCCUCAACUCUAGACGCAGAUCGUGCCCUUUGUUUAACCCUCUUGCGUAGGAUCCAAGUCUUGGCCAGUGUAUUCUUAACUUUGUCUUCCAAGUCCCUGCUCCUAUUGUGUCUGCCUCUUCAUCUAUAUCCAAUGUUUGCUUUUGCUUCCCUUGUGUCCAUACAAAUUCUUAAAAAAAUAUCUUGCAGUUCUUGUGGGUUUUGCGCACAUGUUUAAGUGUGCAUGUCCCGCUGAAAUCACGUGCAACCUAGUGUGUCAGGACAUUUUUCUUUGUGAAUUAAGCUAACAGUACAUAUGGUAGAUAUUUAAAAAAUAUUUCACCUGAGCAGUAACUAGUGUUUUCCUCUUUUGUAAUAUGCAAGAAAACCAUAUAGAAUAAUCUCUAUGUACAUCUUUAAUGUGUUUUUAUACAGCAUCUGGUUAAAAGGUGCCUUUUUCGAGUUUACCAAGGAAAGAAAACGAUUCUGUUUCUGUACACAGCCUGUCCAAUGUAUCAAUUUGAAAGUAAAUAACCUUAUUUUAGUACACAA